CCCUCGUCUCCUCUUCCAAGCCCAACCCCUUUCUGCCCCCAUCUCGCAUCGCCACCAAGCAGACGGUCGAGCACUGGCACGAAGCUCGACCGAGAAGAAGCCCUAACCCUAUCCCCUUUUCUUCGGACCACUUGCUCGCCUCCUGCAGAGAUGCCGCGCGAGAUCAUCACCAUCCAGGUCGGGCAAUGCGGCAACCAGAUCGGCAUGGAGUUCUGGAAGCAGCUCUGCCUCGAGCACGGGAUCGGCAAGGACGGCCUCCUCGAAGAUUUCGCCACUCAGGGUGGUGACAGGAAGGAUGUGUUCUUCUAUCAAGCUGACGAUCAACACUAUAUACCGAGAGCUCUUCUGAUGGACUUGGAACCAAGGGUAAUCAAUGGCAUCCAAAAUAGUGAAUAUAGAAAUCUUUACAACCACGAAAACAUUUUUCUCUCAGACCAUGGUGGUGGAGCUGGGAACAACUGGGCUAGUGGUUACCAUCAAGGUGAGCAAGUUGUCGAUGACAUCAUGGAUAUGGUUGACAGAGAAGCUGAUGGAAGUGAUAGUCUUGAAGGUUUUGUAUUAUGCCACUCAAUUGCCGGAGGAACAGGUUCAGGUAUGGGUUCAUAUCUCUUGGAGACUCUGAAUGAUCGCUACAGCAAAAAACUUGUCCAGACAUAUAGUGUAUUCCCUAACCAAAUGGAAACCAGUGACGUGGUUGUCCAACCCUACAAUUCACUUCUGACUUUGAAGAGGUUGGCGUUGAAUGCUGAUUGUGUCGUUGUUCUUGACAAUACGGCAUUGAAUAGGAUUGCUGUGGAGCGCCUUCACUUAAUGAAUCCUACCUUUGUUCAAACAAAUUCUUUGGUCUCCACAGUCAUGUCUGCUAGCACAACUACUCUGCGGUACCCAGGAUACAUGAACAAUGAUUUGGUUGGCCUUCUUGCAUCCCUGAUUCCAACUCCAAGAUGCCAUUUUCUGAUGACAGGAUAUACACCACUUACUGUGGAACGACAGGUCAAUAUGAUUCGUAAGACUACUGUUCUAGAUGUGAUGAGGAGACUUUUGCAGACUAAAAAUAUUAUGGUGUCAUCUUAUGCUCGCACAAAAGAAGCUAGCCAAGCUAAGUAUAUAUCCAUAUUAAACAUUAUCCAAGGAGACGUGGAUCCUACACAGGUACAUGAAAGCUUGCAAAGGAUACGUGAAAGAAAGCUCGUUAACUUUAUUGAGUGGGGCCCAGCUAGCAUUCAGGUUGCAUUAUCUAGAAAAUCGCCAUACAUCCAAACUACCCAUCGGGUAAGUGGUCUAAUGCUGGCAAACCAUACCAGCAUUCGGCAUCUUUUCAGCAAAUGCCUGGGUCAGUAUGAAAAGCUGAGGAAAAAACAGGCUUUCCUUGACAAUUAUCGAAAGUUUCCAAUGUUUGCUGAUAAUGAUCUUUCUGAGUUUGAUGAAUCUCGGGAGAUAAUAGAAAGCUUGGUCGAUGAAUACAAGGCAUGCGAGUCUCCAGAUUACAUCAAAUGGGGAAUGGAGGAAGAAAGCGAUGCCAGUAUAGCAGCUGCCCUAGAUUCAAAACUUGUAGUGUAAAUAUCAAGUUUGGCUUCCCACUGAAAGCUGUCUCCUAUCAAAACCAGGAAGUAUGUUUGUUCACUUCUGGGAGGUGUUCUUGCCAAUUUCUCUCUGAAUGGUUAUGAUGCAAUGUAUAAUGAUGGAUUUACAUGAUGGAAACUGGUAAAUUAACCUUGAGAAGCUCCAUACCUGCUUUCUUAUUUUAUA